AUGCUCGCAGACUCCGUGAACAGGCUUCGGGGAGCCAACAGACAAAUAGGAGCACUGCACUGCGCAGACGAGCGGGCGUUUUCAAAGUCUGGCCGCCGGGAGGGCGGCGGUACAACCGGUGGGCACCGGCAGGCUGGCUCAUUGCCAGGCAAGAAGCAGGCCGCGAGCCAGGAUUUCCCAACUGAUUCCUUCAACCCACACACUCUCCUGCGCGAGCCCCCGGUUCAAUUAGGCUCCCCGGCACCAACAGGAGGUUCCAUCGAUCGGCGACUGUCGAAUAAUAAUGGACGGGUUGGGACACAGAGAUCAAUGGUUAGUGUCGAGGGAGGCACGGGAGGGUCGUAG